UAUGGAUUAUAUGUGUAGAUGUUUUUUAUUUCCUAAUAACAUAACUAGAUGGCGACAUGAUCACUUCCUCAUGAAACAUGGCGGACUGCAAGGAGAACAAAGAAGAGACAAAUCGACCAUCCUAUAUUUUAAAAGUAGAUCCACCGCAAGAGUCGUCGGGAGAUUCACCAGAAAAUUCUACUAGUGAAGAAAUGGAGAGCACAUCGACAGAGAACAAUACCCAGGAAUCACCGUCGAGUUCUACCAAACCAGUGUUAGCUGCUUCAAAGUUUGGAACGUCAUUUGGGUGUAAUGACUCUUUUAAAAACUUAGUUAAGAAAAAAAAGUCUUUCACGUUGUGGCCCUCUCAGUUGGGCACAGUGACGAACAAUCAGCCCACCACUAAAAUAUAUUUACAACCAGCCAAGUUUCAGAAUCCGUUUGCAAAGAUCUCAGAUACGCUUGUAAACGAAAAAAAUAAGGAAAAAGAAGAAGAAAGCAACAAAACGGAAACAAAAGAAGAGAAAAACAAAGAGGAAAAGGAUAAAAGUGAGGAGAAGAAUGAUAAAAGUGUGGCAGAGGAAGCUAAAAGUGAAGUAAAGGAAAUUAAGAGUGAGGAAACUAAGAAAGAGGACAAGCCAACGGAGGAAAUAAAGUCUACUUUCCUAGUGCUGGGUACAAGCGCAAAGGACAGUGUAAAUACUACGGUGGCGCCUUGUACUUCAGAACCAAAUUUUGUCUUUGGUCAAAACCUACAGGAACGCGUUAUGAUCGCGAACGAUGCGGAAAGCUCCGAGAAAACGAAAGGUGAAGACAAAAAGGAGAAGAAAGAUGAAAGCACAAAUGCAAACGGCUCGACGGAGCUUCUCUUUUCCAAUGCGUCAGCGGCGUGUCGUACUACCUCAAAACCAGGACUAACAUUAACCGAAGCAGCUCAAGAACUAGAAGAAGCAAAUCGUGCUAAUAAGAGGAAAUACAGUCAAAUAACACCGCUAACCGGCGAAGAGGGCGAAACGAACAUCCUUCAGAUAAACUGCAAGUUCUUUGCGUUCGAUAAGGCUAGUAGCGGCUGGCAGGAAAGAGGUAGAGGCACUUUAAGACUAAACGACCGCGAUGAAGAAUCUCGGCUGGUAGGACGUACGGCAGGGACCCAGAGAUUAAUUAUGAACACGAAAGUGUGGCCGGGAAUGACGGCAGAACGAGCAGCGCCGAAAUCCUUGAGGUUAACUGCGAUGGACGUUCAAGGAACUAUCAGAAUUUUCAUUGUUCAAGCAGCGCCGAAGGAAGUGGAAGAGCUUCACAACUUGUUGCAACAGCGGCUGAAACGUGCUCAGGAACGCCAGCCUAAGAAACUAGCAACCGACCACUGACAACCAAUCAGUCGUCCCUGCGACCUGUUCGCUAAUUACCAUCUAAAUUUGCGCGACACAGAAGUUGCUAACACGUGAGACCAAGAUUAGGGAAACUACGUUGAAGCUAUCAGGCCCUAUUUGUUUCUAGAAUAAUUUGUACACAAUAGAACUGUGGCUAUGAUUUGCGCCUUUUCCCCCUGUUCUCAAGUUUUCAAAGCGGUACACUGAUAUUCGCAAACUGACAGACAGCGAAGACAAAGAAAAAAGAGGCGAGAAAAUGAAUCCUUUCUGAUGUAUAUUUUUUAAUCAUUCCCAAUUGAUAACUCUUCUUUUACGUGGAUUUCAAGCGUUUUUUAAAAGUAACUAGGAAAACCACUAGCUAGGGAAUUUUGAUAAUAGCAAAAUGCAAACACACACAAACACACACGUGCGCGAAUACACACACAAUCAGUCACGAAAUCGCUCAAUAGAUUUAAAUGAAGAGCGGUAUUUUUUUUUCUUUAAUUUUCUUUUUUUUUUCUUCUAUUGAUGAAAGUCUUUUUUGUAAGAAUUACUUGGAUUUUUAUCGUAGAGAUGUUCGUAUCGAUUUAGAAUUCUCUAUUUCUUACCUUCUAUAUAUAUAAUAUAUAUAUAUACAUAUAAAUAUAAAUAUAUAAAUAUUGUAAUUUUUAAGAAGAUUACUGUUAGUUCCAUUAUUUAAGAUGUAGAUUCGCCGUAGGCGAAAGUAACAGCUCUGCACAUGUUCAUCGACGAGGAGACCCAUACGGGAUAGGUCCUAACGUGAGAUUCUAUCGCGAGCACAAAUUGUUCCACGAUCGAAUCUGUAACUAUUUGUUACUUCUCUACUGUACAUAGCGCCGAAGACGAUCGGACAGCUUCCUCGUUGUAUUUUCGUGUGUGUAUCAUAUGAAAAGGCUGUGUGCGAAGCGGCUUCUCUAAUUUUCUUCAACGAUAUUUAUCAACACGACGAUCUUUCCACGAGAGGGAUCUCUUUUCUUGUUCCACCAGAAAAAAAAGAAUCAGUCACGAAAGUCCCUGUUGUAAAAUGCAAUGCGUAUAGAUAAAGAAACAGCAGAGAUACUACUUAAUACUUAAGACAAAGAGAAACGCUAUUCACAAUAAUUAAAAAAAAAAAAAAAAAAAAUGAAUCAUGGGGAAAUCACCACUGUUUUGCCGUACUUGAUACCUAAGGAAACAGAACUUAUUGUACACAUCGUUAAUUAUAUGAAAAGAAAUACAGUCGUUUGCAUAAAACAAGA